CUGAAUGCACGUGUGUGUGUGUGUGUGUGUGUGUGUGUGAGAUAAAUGUUUCCCAUUGUCCUCCACAGCUGCUGCCAGAGCCUUUGUUAGCUAUAAUUAGACAUGUUCCAGCAGCGAGGUCUUCAUAGAAAGCGUGAGCGGUCUUUCACUGACAUGUUCAGCUGCACAUGUGUAUGCUCUGUCGAAUCCGCGCUGCGGUCAUGAUGGAGCUUCUGGAUCCUCCAGUCGUCUGCACAAAACCUUUCAGGAGCAAACUAACUGUUCAAUGCAAGGAGGCAGUGGCAAAUAUUCCAUGCAUUAUUUAUUAUUGCCUGAUAAAUAUGUAAUGAGACUUUGUUCUGUCCUUAGCAUGGCCACGUUGCUCAGCAAGUUCAGGAUCGAUUUCUCUGACAUCACGGUCCUGGGCGACAUCAACACAAAGCCCAAGUCAGAGGGUUUGACCGAGUUUGCUCAGAUGAUCGAGCCAUAUAAGCUGAAAGAAGAUGACAUGGAGCAGGAAGCUGCCGAGAAGCUGAAGAGCGAAGAGCCCUGGAGAAUCACAGACAAUGAGCUGGAGCUCUACAGAGCCAAGAGUAACCGUCAGAUCCGACUGAACGAGCUGUUGAAGGAGCACUCGAGCACAGCCAACCUCAUCGUCAUGAGCAUGCCGCUGGCCAGGAAAGGAGCCGUCUCCAGCGCUCUUUACAUGGCCUGGCUGGACACAAUAUCCAAAGACCUGCCACCCAUCCUCUUGGUGCGUGGGAACCAUCAGAGCGUCCUCACCUUCUACUCGUAGAGCGCUCUCAGACGAGCACAGCACCUCAGACCGAUGAUGAUGAUGAUGAUGAUGAUGAUGAUGAUGAUGAUGCUGAUAGACGUUUCUCGACAGAGCUGAAACAAACGGACUCCUUCCACGCCGCAGCGCUCAACAGGAAAGAUCAGCGUUUGACGGUUUAUAUUGUCCUCAGCGCACAGGUUUCCGAGCACACCUUGUUACACUGAUUGUUGUUAUCAUUGUUAUUACUAUGACUGUCGCAACUUUUUGAGUUGUGGAUUUUUUUCCCCCCUCUUUUUAAUUUGCUCUUGAUGAAGCAAUAAUCACCUCAUUUCUUAUUUUCUCACUUUGAAGAAAACACACGAUUCUUUGCUACACUUUAUAGCCUUGUGGAUGUGCCUUCCUGUGCAAUCAGAUUCAAUUAAACUUUUCCCUGACUGGUGAUUUAUAACGGAAUAGAUGUAGGCUGCUUGUUUUUAUUGGGUUUUAAAUGUAAAUCUUCCUUGAUUUGAUCACGUUUUAGCGCGAGUGGACUGAGGUUUCCACCGCGCCGCAUUUGAAAACACUUCUUCGCUUUUUUGUAGCCAGAUUUUUUAAAAUAUUUUUUUCUUCUUCAGAGUUUUACGUCUUCCUUUUAAGCAUUGAAAGAGUUGUGGAGUUUUAGCGCCGCGCCCCUCCAUGUUCUCGUUACAAUGAUCGAGCUGAACUACAGGGUGAUUACAAUCAUCUUCAGUAGUCUGAUGUAAAGAACUUUAACAGAA